CUGGUCACCAAUUUCUUUCUUUCUUGCUUUGUUUUUCUGUUUUGGACGCGAAAAAGGUUUUCUCUUUAUUGUUGCGAUUAUCUUGAAGAAAAGUUUUAUAUCUUUCUGUCCUUCAGUGACUCAUUGGAAAAGAAUUAGUCAGUUGCACACAUAUAUCGUCUUGUGGUUACUAUGGCCGUCCCUCAUGUGGCAGACAAUGCCACAGAGUCAACACCUCUGUUGAAUGGAUCACCUUCUCAGCCACCCUAUACAUCCCAUGCCGCUAACCAUGAGGCCGAUUCAAGCUUAUCGCCCUUCGCUCUCACCGUCGAAGAUAGCUCUGCCUUGCUUGGUUUGACCAAAGUCGCCUCGAUUCCGCAAGGGCCGGAUAUUGAGCCCAGCCUUGAAACGAUCCCCCCAGCACCGGAAGAUGAUGUGAAAUAUGGCAAUGAUCCGGAAGCAGGUCAGAAGCGAGAAGCCGGAGACUAUGCCUCUCGCUUCCUGAACGUCUCGCCAAUGCGCUUUUGGCUGAUCUUUGGUGGCGUCAUGAUGGGGUACAUCAUCGGAUUCUUCGAUUCCACCUUGAUGGCGUCUAGCCACCCUGUGAUCACCUCCCACUUCCAUGCCUCAAAUUCAGCAUCCUGGCUUUCCACUGCAUUCCUGUUGACUUCGACUGCUUUUCUGCCUCUGUUCGGCCGCAUCUCGGACACUGUAGGAAGAAAGCCCGUGUACCUCUUUGCAAUCGCAGUAUUCUUCCUCACCACGGCAUGGUGUGCCGCUGCCCAAAGCAUGAUGAGUUUCAUCGCAGCCCGCGCGUUUUGCGGCAUGGGCGCUGGCGGCGUCUUUUCCAUGGGAAUGAUUCUCUCUAGUGAUCUGGUACGCCUGGAGUAUCGGGGAGUCUACCAGUCGUACAUCAACCUCUGUCUUGGUCUCGGAGGCUGCCUUGGGCUUGCCUUUGGUGGCUAUAUAUGUGACCAGGUAGGGUGGAGAGGCGCUUUCUUGGUACAGCUACCCUUCAUCUUCGUCUACUUCAUUGUAGCGGCUUGGACGGUGCCCGCCGACCUGGGUAAGAAACGGGCCAAGACGGAGCGUUUGACCUUUGUCGAGUUGCUAAAGAACAUCGAUCUCAUGGGGUCAUUCCUGUUAGUUUUGGCAGUCACUACCCUUAUCAUGGGGCUUAACCUAGGCGGCAAUGUGUUCAGCUGGACUCAUCCAAUUGUCAUUUCCUCCCUGGUCUCUUUCUUCGUCUUUGCGUUUUUAUUCGUGCGCUACGAGCGUACUGUCGAGCGAGGAGUCAUGCCGAUUUCCCUUCUGCUGCAAGAGCCGCGUGCAAGCCUCAUCUUCGGUAACUUUUUCGGGGCGAUCUCGAUUAAUACUAUGGUGUUCAAUGCUCCUCUUUAUUUUCAGGCAGUCAAACUAGCCUCGCCGACAGAUUCCGGCCUUCGAUUGCUCGCUUCUACGCUUGCCGUGACCGUUUCAAGUGUUUCGACCGGGUUCAUUAUCACGUGGACCAAGCGACUUAAGCCGACGGUGAUAAUUGGUGACAUUUCCCUCCUUCUGGGAGGCAUAGCGGCCGCGACCAUGGGAGUUGGAACACCGGAUGUGGUUGCCAUGAUUUGUGUUUCCUUGUCAAGUCUCGGCCAGGGAUUCGCAUUCCCUUCGCUGAUGGUAUCGGUUCUCGCGACUUCCGACCAGGAAGACCAGGCCGUGGCUACGACAACCCUGGGCUUGUGGAGGAACCUGGGAUCCGUCAUGGGGGUGGCCACCAGCAGCUGGAUCUUCCAGAACAGUCUGCUGUAUCAGCUCGACGAAAGGGUCACUGGUCCCAACAAGGAAGAGGUCAUUUUGCUUGUGCGUAAAUCUGUGCAAGCUAUCGCACAGCUGGACCCCUUCAGCCAACACCAGGUGAUCGGGGCCUAUGCUGCCGCACUUCGGGUGACUUUCUUUUCCGCCGCGGUAUGGGCCGCACUCAUGCUUUUGCUUCAUUUCCGCGUUCGUCUACCGAGAUUGGGAAACAAAGCAUAAGCUGCUCCCCCCGAUCUUGAAACAGUAUGAUCUAUCGAU